CACCAUUUUUACUACAUAUGCGUCCGCCAUCUUCCAGAAAAGCAGUUGACCAUCCUUUUCACUCAUCUCUCAAAAACAUCCUUUACCGAAUCCUUACUUUCCUCCCCUCCUCCCUCCCUCUCCCCCUCUCUAUUCACCUAUCAAGGACCUUACAAGCAAAAAAUGGUGAAGCCGAUGCUUUUGACAGCCGCUUGCGCUCUGUUCCUGGGCGCCGUUGCCGGUAUCCCAUUCUCGUCACCACAAAACAGCUGCCAGGACUUGGCCGAGUUUGUCCAAGGAGCCAGCAAGCUGCCUGUCAGGCCAGAUGAGGAUGGAGUCGUCAGCUACGUCUCAGGCUCGACAGCCAAGAAGAUGUUCCCCGGAGCGGCCAAUCGUAUUUCCAUCUUCAAGAAGUACACUUUUGUCACCUAUUUCAACACGUGCCAUGCAGUCCCAGCCUACACGCAGGUGCAGGUCAAGUCGGGCCCUUACAAGUUGGAAAAAACAUCAAAGUUUGCCUACGACUUGGGUUUGCAGGUUGGCAUGGAGGCCAACCUCGCCAAUGUAUUUAAGUAUCUCCCCACUGUCUCUGUUAAGGCUGGUAUCACGCGAGGCACCGAGACGGUCGAGGUCGCCGGUGUCGAAAUCAAGGCCAGCGAGCUCAAGCAAGAAUGUAUUGUUUCGCCAGGAUGGUGGUGCACCGCCUUGGUUCGACUCGAUGACUUUGACAGCGGCGAGAUCAUUAUAGAUGAUCGCAUUCGAGACCCCGUUUUUUUUCCUGCGUCGCUGAACGGCAAGAAUCUCUACUCGGAUGUUUGGCUCGAUGUUCCCACCAGAGUUAGACUCAACCGCUUCUUGUGGCAGGGCUGGGUUAUCUAAGUCAUAUAAGUCAUAUAUACCUUCUUUUUGUUCGCUUCAUUCCAAAGAGCAAAGAAACUAGUCGGUGAAAAAGGAUAACGAAUAAAAGGUCAUCGAACACCGUCAACGCAGGCAGACCGUAAGGUCGUCCAGCCAGGGUGAUUCAAUUCGCUUGGAUUCUGGAUUGCCAUUUGCAAACGUGGUAAAAGGGAAGGUGGUGAGAGAAGAUAAGAAAUUCAUGGGACGGAUACGGGAGUAAAGGAAGAUCAGGGAAAGAUCAAGAAAAGGCGGCAGUGGAAAUACAGA